UCUCCGAGCCAAUGGAAACGCAGCUGAAGGUCGCGAGCGCAGUUCUGCGAAGCGAGGCGCGCGGAUUGUAAGCUCACGACGCAGCAGCAGCUCGCGUACAGAAAAAAGACACACGCGCGCGCGCACACGGAGAAAGCGCUCGCUUCUGGGAAUCCGAUUCCGGGAACGUGAGCCUGUUUGCAGCUCGCGAGGGUGAAGCGUUUAAAAAAACGGUUAUUUUUCGUACUAAGCUUUCUCUCGGAAAGACGCUGAACCGCCGCGGGUUUCUGGGUUCGGCUCUGGAGCGGUUCCCGGAGUCACCGGGUCGACUUACCGGCCGCUGGGAGCCUCUUUAUCGGUGUUGACAACUCCAUUAUCCAGUGGUUUAGUGGAGACGCCGAAUCACCGUCGAGAUUUUUCAUCGCAGUGAUUUAAAGUUACUGCUGCAGCUUUUGUCGCCAUAUUAACGGUAACGUUACCGCCUGGAACAAUGCCUUCAUCCGCGGCGGCUCUUCACCGGACUCCCGUUACCGGAGAUCUCCCGGUAAAUUGGAGUGAUUUGGGCUGUGAGAGAGGACCGCGGGCCGGCAGGUCGUGAUGCUCUUGUGUUUGCCGAGGCCUCCAUUGCCAGGGCCGUCCUCUGUGAUGGUUUCUGGGAGAAUGAGAGUUCCGAACGAUGGUUCGGAGUCUGAUGACCGCUGUAACCAACUGAUCCCUGUACAGCCAAUCACUCCUCAGUCAUGGGACCCAACAGAAGACCUACGCUGCAUCACAACCGCAUUUCAGCACCUGCAUGCAUCAGGUUGGUACUGGGGGAGCAUUUCUGCAAGUGAAGCAAGGGAUGCUCUGUCAAACAUGGUCGAGGGUACAUUCCUGGUUCGGGACAGCAGCCACCCGCACUACAUGCUGACACUGUCGGUGAAGACAGCCCGGGGUCCUACCAACGUGCGCAUCGAGUACAGUGGCGGACACUUUCGCCUGGACUCUACCUCCCCGGCCCGCCCCCGGCUGCUCUCCUUCCCAACUGUUCCCGGCCUGGUACAGCACUACUUGGGCACUGGAGGAAAGGAGAAAAAGGAGAGGGGCAAUAAAGGGGAAGAGGUUCCUGUGGCACUUAAGGACAGCGCCAUCGUGAUGAAGCUCAGACAGCCUCUACAUAGUCCGAAAAACUUCCCCAGCUUACAGCACCUCACUCGGCUCGCCAUAAACAGGCACACGGACCGUCCGGCUCAGUUGCCCCUGCCGCGCUUGCUGCUGCUCUACUUACAGGACUAUCCCUUCCAAGUAUAACGAGGAGCCAUUAUUAUUUAUUGUCAGAAGGACCACUUAGCCUAAUGCUGGGCUUCAGCGUGGGGUGCUAAAUGGGCAGCGUAUCUAUCUGUCCACUCUCCUGAGAGAGAAAUAGAGACCACUGAAUGAGCUAGCACUUUUGAUUGAUAUCGGAGUUGUAAAAAGGGUUACUUUGUUACCCUGACGACCGUGAGCGGUAGGAAUAUGUGUGACUGUCUAUCUAAAGCCUGCCAGAUGUAGCAUCAUAUCCUGAAAUGCUCUGCAGUGUCUAAUUGUUAAGACAAUCAUGGCCUAAAGUCAGUGCUACAGAGCCAGCUAUUGGUCAUUUGGUCAAACAAUCUGAGAUUAGAAACUGUGCCUCAAUAAUUCCUGGACUUUUACAGAAGACAGUUUCUAUUAUAGGUGUAGCAAACAUAACAUAAAUCUGCCUUUAUAAUUUCACCUAAUUGUUGGUAUUUAACUAUUUAUUGAAUAAGACUAGAGCACAGAUCAUGACUAAUGCUGCAUUCUGUUUACCUUAGUUGUCUGAUCUUAAAACUGGGACUGAGCUGAUCACAGUAUAUUUAUACAUUCAGGUAUCAGCUAUAUAUUUAAGAUAUUAACUUUGUCCCAAUGUUUAGCAUUUCUAAUGAUACCAGUCGAAAACAACACAUUAUGCAGUGUUUGGAGCAUCCCAACACAAUUGAAACACGUCCAACAUCUGAGUUCAAAUAGAAUCCAGCAUAAGUUUGCAGUACUUAAUAACUGUUUAUAACAGUUUGCUACGUGACCAUUAGAAGAUCACCCUGCCAAAUGUUUGACAUAGAUAAUAGAUCUUCAUUCUGAAGCCUGUGGUAGACAUUAUAAAGAAUCAGAUUACGGCUGUACAAUAAAUUGUUUCAGCAUCGUUAUCGCAAUGUGCACAUGCACUAUAGUCACAUCGGAGGAAGUGCAAUCUCUAGUACAAUGUCAAAUUACAGUUUUGCUGCUUGAUAAAAAAAGGAAAAUUAAAUUUUUACACUAUUUUUAUUUUCCAUGACUACAUCUACUGGUGGCGGAUUAUAGCUGCCCAAUAUUGUUUCUUUUAAAUACACAGAGUGCAUUAUUAGUAUAAUAACAUGAUAGAUCACAUGAUGUCUGGUGAAAUCUGGUAAAAUCUAUAUUUUACAUUUUGCAGUAUAUGGCUGUCUUAUUUGGGUUCUACAUACUGAUACAUUUACAUGCUGUUUGUCACAGGACAGGAAAUAGUUGUCAUGUCCUUUUUGACUUUUCCUUGUCCAAUGGAAGCUAUAAAGAAUGCUGCACUGAUCUGUGGGAUAUUACUACCCACUGUGCAGUCCACUUCGCCUUGCCAUAAGCACACUGGCAAGUAAGUGUUCAGCCUCAAUCACAAGAUAACACCUCACAGCUUAUAGAGGUGUGGGCUUUCCCAGGCCAUCUCCUGAGGUUAACAGUUCAUGAUCAAUUUACAUACUGCUGUCCAAUGGCUUUUGGUAUAUCAGUGUACUGUAUGGUACUGUAAGGUAUUGACUGUAUACUAAUGACUAUAACUUAAUAGUGUGGGUUUAACAGGUUAGUACACAAAAAUAUUAAAAACGUACUAAACGAAAAUACUGAAGCUCCAGUCGCUGUGAUCACUGCACUUGCAUCAUUAUCCGCAAUUUUUUCCUUAUUUUUUCAAAUGUGACCAGAUCCUCCCUGUCCGUUUAGCAUUGCAUGGUGGGUUACAGUGUCCAUUGUAACUUUUAGACGCAAGAGGUUUAGAAAAGAAAAUGGACUCAUUCAGCUGACCCUGCAUUUUCUAUUGGGGAUAUUCACAGUACAAGCUGGAGCCAGCUGUGAAGAACUGCUUCCUUCAUCCUGUUUCCAGAUGAACAAUAUUUGUUCAAGUGAAACAAAAUGCAAAUUAAUGUGACUUUGAGCAGAUUUCUGAAUGUUUGUUUUUUGUAAAUAUUUUUAUUUUUUAUUAAAACUACAUUUAUAUUUA